AUGGCAAACGUGGCGCUGAUCGGGUGCACAGGCAUGGUGGGAUCCCACAUCCUCACCAGCCUGCUCGCUCAUCCUGGUGUAACUCGAGUAGACACACUUUCCCGCCGGACGCCCAACGCAGCUUCCAGCGCUCCCCAGUCCAAGCUCACGGCCUUUGUGUCCGACAAGACCGAAACCUGGGCUUCCCAACUAUCUGCGUUGUCUCCCACCCCCGACGUCUUCAUCUCCUCUUUCGCCACCACCCGGGCCAAUGCGGGCGGAUUUGAAAAUCAGUACAAGAUCGAGCAUGGCUUGAACAUCGAGCUCGCACGGGCUGCCCGUGAUGCGGGAGUCAAGGUGUACGUGCUGAUCUCGAGCGCAAAUGCCAGCAAGGAUUCGUCAAUUCCCUACACCCGCAUGAAGGGUGAGAUCGAGGAGGACGUCAAAGCGCUUGGCUUUGAUCGCACAGUCAUUGUGCGGCCCGGUUUGAUCUCGGGUACGCGCGAGGAAAGUCGUCCUCUGGAGGCAGCUGUACGCUUUAUCGCCGGAUGGGCUGGAAAGCUGCACUCGGGAUUGAAGGAUGGUUGGGCGCAGGACUCGGAUGUCAUCGCCCGAGCUGCUGUGAAGGCGGGUCUUAGGGCCCUGGAGGGAGAUGUCCCGGCUGGCAGCGAGAAGGUGUGGCGUGUCGACGGCAGCCAGAUCAUCGCACUGGGAAAAGAGGCCGCUGCCUCACCAUGA